ACGUCACUCUCUGAAAAACAGCUAAUACCCUGCUCCCCAAAUCAUCAGCGCCGGCGAUCACUACCGACGGCUAUUUCGCUCUCCGCCGCAAGCUGUCGGUGCCGCCGUGAAGAUGAAGUUCCAAAUCGAAGACGUAACCGUAUACUUCCCGUACGACAACAUUUACCCUGAACAGUACUCGUACAUGGUGGAGCUCAAGCGCGCCCUCGAUGCCAAGGGCCACUGCCUUCUCGAAAUGCCGACCGGAACCGGGAAAACCAUCGCGCUUCUCUCUCUAAUCACGAGCUACGUUCUCGCCAAACCCUCCAAUCCGGUGAAGCUCCUCUACUGCACCCGCACAGUGCACGAGAUGGAGAAAACCCUAUCCGAGUUGAGGUUUCUGCACGACUAUCAGGUCAAGGAAUUGGGGCCGUCGGCGAGGAUUCUGGCGUUGGGUCUCUCCUCGAGGAAGAAUUUGUGCGUCAAUCCCCGCGUUGUCUCGGCGAAUAGUCGUGAUUCGGUGGAUGCUGCUUGUAGGAAGCUCACGGCGAGCUGGGUUAGGGCAGUGGCGAUUGAGAAUCCUGACAUUCCGACGUGCGACUUUUUUGAGAACUAUGAGAAGGCUGCAUCUGACGCCGUGUUGCCUCCGGGAGUUUAUACGUUGCAGGACUUAAGGGCAUUUGGAAAGCAGAAAGGGUGGUGCCCUUACUUUCUAGCACGGCGUAUGGUUCAAUUUGCAAAUGUAGUGGUAUAUAGCUAUCAGUACCUGCUUGAUCCUAAAGUUGCUGGAAUUAUAUCGAAGGAGAUGCAGAGGGAGACCGUUGUGGUGUUUGAUGAGGCCCAUAAUAUUGAUAAUGUGUGCAUUGAGGCACUUAGUGUUAAUGUGAGGACACAAACACUUGAUGGGGCGUCAAGGAAUCUGAGUAGGAUGUCCCAGGAGAUUGAGAGGUUAAAGGCCACCGAUGCUGGUCGACUGCGUGCAGAGUACAACAGGCUUGUUGAUGGUUUGGCACAAAGAGGGGACCUUCCUAUUGGUGACACAUGGCUAGCAAAUCCUGCCUUGCCUGAUGACAUACUAAAGGAAGCAGUACCUGGAAAUAUAAGACGCGCAGAGCACUUUUUGUCUGUUUUGCGUAGGUUUGUACAAUAUCUUAAAGGGCGAUUGCAGACGGAAAGUGUUGAGAAGGAGGGGCCUGUUACAUUUGUUGCAUCAGUCAAUGCACAAGUUGGAAUUGACCAGAAAAUGCUGAAGUUUUGUUAUGAUCGACUUUACUCUCUUAUGUUAACCUUGGAGAUCACCGACACCGAUGAAUUUCUCCACAUCCAAACAAUCUGUGAUCUGGCAACUCUUGUGGGGACCUACACUCGAGGAUUUUCUAUUAUAAUUGAACCUUUUGAUGAAAGGAUGCCGCACAUACCCGAUCCUGUUCUUCAGCUUUGUUGUCAUGAUGCUUCUCUAGCCAUAAAACCCGUAUUUGAGCGAUUUCAGUCAGUUGUUAUUACAUCUGGGACACUGAGCCCCAUUGACCUCUAUCCUCGUCUUCUUAAUUUCAAUCCUGUGGUGAGCCGAAGCUUUACAAUGUCCUUAACUAGGGAUUGCAUCUGCCCGAUGGUUCUCACUCGUGGAAGUGACCAGCUUCCAGUGAGCACAAAAUAUGAUCUUAGAAGUGACCCUGGUGUAGAGAAAAAUUAUGGCAAACUUUUGCUAGAAAUGGUCUCUGUUGUUCCUGAUGGAGUCGUGUGCUUUUUUGUCAGUUACUCUUACAUGGAUGGAAUUGUUAAUAGUUGGCACGAAUCAGGCAUUCUGAAGGAAAUUAUGCAACGUAAACUUGUUUUCAUAGAGACUCAGGAUGUCGUUGAAACCACACUCGCACUUGACAAUUAUCGUAGAGCUUGUGAUUGUGGAAGAGGCGCCGUCUUUUUCUCAGUAGCCAGGGGAAAAGUGGCAGAAGGUAUCGAUUUUGAUAGACAUUAUGGCCGACUUGUUAUCAUGUUUGGCAUCCCAUUUCAAUAUACAUUGAGCAGAAUAUUACUAGCAAGAUUGGAGUAUUUGCGGGAGACUUUCCAGAUAAAGGAGGGUGAUUUUUUGACAUUUGAUGCUUUGAGGCAAGCGGCCCAAUGUGUCGGACGAGUUAUCAGGUCAAAAGCGGAUUAUGGGAUGAUGAUUUUCGCUGACAAGAGAUAUAGUCGUCAUGAUAAGCGCUCGAAGCUGCCUGGUUGGAUACUGUCACAUCUACGCGAUGCUCACCUGAACUUGAGUACGGACAUGGCUGUGCAUAUCGCAAGAGAGUUCUUGAGGAAGAUGGCUCAGCCGUACGAUAAGAGUGGAGCAAUGGGUAAAAAAACCCUUCUUUCACAAGAAGAUUUGGAGAAGAUGGUCAAUGGAGUUGGGGAUAUGGUGUUUUGAUCAAAUUGAAAAUUUGUAAACCUCUUUUUUGUAGAGAAAUGAUCCCUCAUUUUUGACCUUUUUCUUGUUUUUAAAAUUUUAUAAGAUAGUAGUAUUCUACAUAGGCAUGAUGGAUCUAGUGUACAAUUUUUUCCAAGUACACUUUGACCACGUAGUUCCUUCUACUACUAAUGAUUUUCUGUAUUGAAUUAGCCGUUUGCACUUUUCAUUAAAAAUACUGAUUAUUUUUAA